GAUAAAAUUGUAUUGGUUACUGGUGGAUCACGCGGGAUCGGUCUGAUGAUAGCAGGAGGUUUUAUAAUUAAUGGAGCUACUGUUUAUAUUUCUUCGAGAUCUGUUAAUGCUUGUGAUCAAAUUGCCAAAGAAUUGACUGCAGAAGGCCCUGGUAAAGCGAUUAGUUUACCAGCUGAUUUACAAAAAUUGGAUGAAUGUAAAAGAAUAAUUAAUGAAAUUGCGAAACAUGAAGGAAUUAAUAAUGCCGGUGCGACUUGGGGUGCUCCAUUUGAAGAAUAUCCUGAAGAAGCUUUUGAGAAAAUUAUGAAUUUGAAUGUCAAGCGUGUUUUUAGUCUAACACAAGCCGCGUUGCCCUUACUAGAAAAAGCUAGUACGCAACAUGAUCCUGCAAGAGUAAUUAACAUCGGUUCAAUCGAUGAAAGCUACGCUUAUUCGGCCUCAAAAGCCGCACUUCAUCAUCUAACUAGAGUUCUAGCUGGUAAUCUCUCACAACGUAAUGUAACCUUCAAUACGAUAGCUCCUGGUCCAUUUGAAUCAAAAAUGAUGGCCGUAACCCUAAAAACUUAUGGUGAAGUGUUUAAAAGUAUAAUCCCAUUAGGUAGAAUUGGGAGUCCAGAAGAUAUAGUAGGGACUUGCAUCUAUUUAUGUAGUAGGGCUGGUGCUUAUACUAAUGGUGCUAUGAUUUCGGUUGAUGGUGGAUACUUAAGUAGUAAGCCUUCGAAGUUGUGA